UACCGCCGGGCGCAAUCAGGUUGUUCUUCUCCCUUGAGAUGGCAGACAGCCGUCGACCUGAUUAUUGGGUGUUGGAACCCAACCAGAAAGGCAGAAAGGUUUGCACUUUGAAAGUAGUUAUUACUGUGCAUGGAGCUCUUGUACCAGAAGGCUGUAGAAUUAAAUAAACAGCCGACGAGAUGCAACGAGUGGAAAGCCGCCCUCUUGUCUGCAUACGUCGUCGGGAGAAACGAGAAGACAUAAGAGCACGAAGCAGAAAGGGACAUCGCAUCUCUUUCGACUCUCAGGGUGCUCUUCCCUGUCGGUCUGACUGCUUUCAUCCAUCCGCCCAUCGCUCCACCCAUCCAGCCGUCCAUCCAUCAAUCGACCAUCACCGUAGGAGGUGGAUAUGGCGGCAAAGACAGUGGGUUCCAUCGUGGCUCACGGCGCGGAAGCGCCUUGGCAAUCAUGUGUGUCGACACGUCAGAAGUCUUCGUCUGCCGCACGAUCGUCCUCUGUUGGUCGCACCUGUUUGACGUCGAACUGUCGGGCAUCACCCGACAACACUCACUCCUACUCCCCCUCGUACUCGUUGUCAUCGGCGUCGUCCGGGGGCGCGCGGAGGCUUUGCCUGCGGGGCAGCGGACAGGCUCAGCUGUGGGACAGAACGCGUGCAUGUCGUUUGCGUUGUACCUAUGUGCGACGAGCUUUGCCGGUCAGUAAACGCCUGUCAGGGGACGAGCCAGACGCUAGCCGGACGACAAGACGUGGGCGGCAAGGGUGGCAAGGGCGGCGGGUGGCGACAUGCGCCAGCAUCGAUGGUCAGUCUACAACGGAGAACACGAGGGAAGGCAACACAGAGAGGGCGACAGUGGGCGACACUCAGCCGCCGCCCUCCCGCGGCAAUCACGGCGACCACCGAGUGCUGGUCGUUGGCGCGUCGGGCGGCGUCGGACAGCUGCUCGUUGCCGGCUUGCUACGGCACGGGUACAAGGUUCGAGCCCUUGUGCGUAACAAGGAGAAGGGCGACAAACUGUUCGGUGCUGAUCACGACGGCGAGCGUCUGCAGCUCUGCCACGCCGACGUCCGCUUUCCCGACACUCUGACGCCCUCCCUCUUCGAAGGGAUCUCUUUUGUCGUCAUCGCCCUGGGGACCACCGCUUACCCUUCUAAGCGGUGGGACGGCGACAACGGGCCAGAACAGACAGAUUACCACGGGGUUCGAAACCUCGCCGCUGCCGUGCCUGCCGCGGUGAAGAGAGUGGUUAUGGUGUCCAGCAUCGGGAUCGAGCGGAAGGAGAGCUUCCCUUUCACCCUGGUUAACAUAUUUGGAGUGUUGUCGUACAAGAAGCUGGGAGAGGAGUGCGUGCGACAGUGCGGCGUUCCGUACACCAUCAUUCGAGCUGGGCGGCUGACUGACGGGCCGUACACGUCGUACGAUCUGAACACUUUGUUGCAAGCCACGUCAGGUGAUCGCAAAGCGGUGAUCCUAGAGAAGGGAGACACUCUCGGGGGGGACGCCAGUCGAAUAAGCGUCGCAGAGGCUUGCAUCCAGGCUCUGCAGCUAGAGUGCGCGGCAGGGCAGGUCUACUCCUUGAACACCGGAAAGGGCGACGGGCCGGGCUCUGACUACCUACUCUGGGAGAGGCUUUUCGAACGAGCGACAGCAAAGUGAUCGGUUCUUUUUCGGUUUUGAUUUUUAUAAAAAACGGGGAGAACGUAAGCCGAAAAACGAAAGACCUCCUAGCCCAUCUCUUCUUUGUGUUGAUAAGAAGACAAGAAUAGAGAUUCAGACUGCUUGGGCUUUACCGUUGUGCAGUGUAGUCCUUUCCCACUGAAGUUGUGGGUAUUAGAGCAAGGCAGUAGUUAUAGCAUAUCGUUACAUGCAUCUCUGCCUACGGUUCACCGGGCUCUUUCCUAUGACGAUAUAUAUAUUAUAUAGCAUAUAUCAUAGUACGAGGUGAAAUCUUCCAGUGUCAUCUUGAGGUAGACUCAGAGUAGAAAUUUUGGACCGAAUACGUCUUCGAGAGCCUCGAGUACUCCUUCAGCAGCCGCAUCCCGUCCCUUUCGUCCUAUCUGCCGAGCAGAACCCCCCUGCUUGACCUGUAGUAUAAGAGGGACUACCGAAACAGCACAUGCCAUCUCCUCUCCACGCCCUCCUUCCUGAUCAGGCUCCCCGUCAACCAAGGUAGUGUAACAUACUAUUGAACAAUCCCCUAUUCGUUCUUCCUCUGUGCUUCAUCUCUCUCUCUCUCUCUCUCUCUCUCUCUCUCUCUCUCUCUCUCUCUCUCUCUCUCUCUCUCUCCGCCUGUGCAUCUGCCCGCCUUUCUUUCUUUGUUUCUUUCUGUCUUUCUCUCUUUUUCUCUUUUCGCUCCUUCUUUCUCUCUCUCUGCUCUUUUCUUCUCUCUUUUUCUCUCUUUCUCUCCUUUUACUCCUUCCCUCUUUUUCUUUCUCUUGUUUCCUUUUUUCUUUUUUUUCCUGUCCUGCUACUCUGUUUCUUCGAGGCCAAGGAAGUCAGCUCCUGUCGGUGUGUAGCAGCAAUCUUAGAAGGUAGGUAACACAUCAAGACAUUUCCUUUCAUUCAAACGUACGUGUAAGUAUGAGGACCUUGACUUCUUAGUAGUCGUUAGCUAUCAGUCAAGUCCUUUCUUCUUUAUACCGAUGCAUCUGUUCAUUCGUGUAUCCUGCCCAUGGAUCCAUUUAUCUACCUUCACCAUCCGCUUGCUUCUCCACCUCCGUCCUCUCUCUGCUUAUCCUUCACCCACCUGUGUUGAACCUGUCCCCACGUCGGAGGGGCACCCUGCGUGCAGCAAAGCGCCUUUCCUUUUCACACGCCAGAUGCAACGGACGCGUCGAGGGUUUCCGGAUUACUGGUUUUGGUGUAAGGCCCUGAAUAAUUUCAACACCAGGGUCGAAGGUUGUUGGACCAGCUGGGUCAGGUAAUCUCCGACUUUGUCGAGGGCUUCUUUGGAUGUUGGAAUUUUCUGUUUCAAGCCCUAGUGCUACCCUGAUGCUGGCCGGUACUGGUACACCGUCCAAACCACACGUGCAGGGUUAACUCGCCAACGGUGCUUCAAGGCUAUGAUUGCUCACAUCUAUCUUUUUUCUUUGUUUCAGCUUCCAUCGUUUUUUCAUGGGUUGACCGUUGUUGCCGUUCUACGGAUUCCGUGCCUCACUAACGAGCCUAGUGCACUUGGUAUACGCAUGAAUUGUUAAAAUACACACCUGAGUUUCGAAUCCCGAUAGAAGAAGAUAAACAAGAAUUCUCUGUCUUGUCUUUCUUGUUUUGUUCUUUAUUUUUAAAUAACCAGAACCCCAUUACUAGGGAAAGUGAUACGAGCAACCUCCCGUUGUACGGGUUCUAGUGUUCGCCGUGGGAUUACACGGCUGUGUGUUCAGUCGCGUCUGUUGAUCUGUCCGCUUUCUUUGACAUAUGACAUUGACAUAUUAGUGGGGAGCUGAACUUGCUGGAAAGCGGAUCCAGCGUCCCUUUUUCCUUCAUUUUCAUGAUUUGGCUUUGAGUGUGUUCGUCCACAAUUCGCGUGUUUUCUUGCAGUGAGUACACUUAUCGCCGGCUUCCAGUGUC